GUAGAGCCACGCCCCGUGACGUAGCUCCGCCUUCCGCAGGCGUCGCCCGUUCGCUGCGUCAUUGUGUCGGUGUCGCUGCUCGGUGACAGGAGAAGGACAGAGAGACGCACUGAUUGUCAGCAACAUGGCCGAAUCCAGUGUGCACCAGUCUUCGCACAUAUCUUCAUCAGCCGGAGAGAAGAGCGGCAGCUGUGCAGAAUCCCGUCCCAAACAUCCCAGUCCAGAAUCACCUGGGUCUCCUUUUGAAAUGAUUGCAAACAGCAGAGGCUUUGAUUUCCAGGAAAGUGAAGACAAAGCGAUUAAUCACGGACUUUCACAGAUGUCUACCGAAAGACCUAACCAAAUGGAGACAGCCGAUGAACCGCUAAUCAGAUAUACACACCCAAAUUGGGGUUUCAACGAGGAAGAAUCAUAUGGAUUUAUGCCACACUUUAGAGCAGGUAUAAGACCUGAUGAUUUGGAACCUGAGAUUCCUGUAGUUGAACCAAAUGACAAUCCAAAAAAAGCAAGUCCUGAAUUCACGCAUGAAAAAGUGCUUCCUAAAUCCACAGUAGAUGAAAGGUACUUGGGUCAAAGUCUAGAAACCCCAGAUGUCUGUGGGGAGGCAAAAGACCACAGCUCUGCAAAAAGGGAGGAACCAUCAUAUGAUUUUAAAUCGGAGCUUCGUUGGGCAGAUGCAGACGAUGACAUGGACAGCUCAGGGGAGUCAGAUGACACAGUAAUAGAUGCUGGUUGGAGAGUCAAAAGUUCAGAACUGGAGCAGAGGGAACAUGGCGAGGAUGGUUGGGUUGAGCUGCAUAAUGCACAGCAGAAAAAUGAAACUAAGAAGGAAAAUACAGUAAUGGUACAUGAGGCACUUGCCAAUAACUCAGAACGUCUGUGGUCAUCCCAAUACAGUGAAACCCAAACUACUCCUUUAGUAGAUGCUACAGAUAAUUUAAACAAAUCUGCAUCAAAGACCCCAGAAUCUCCUCAUAGUGAAGGCUUUGUGGAUCUAGCCGAUACGUAUGGUACAGACCCCAAGACUGGGGUGAUUUGCUAUUCAGAGUCUGAAUCCUUGGAAGACAAAGUAGAGGAAAAUUUAACCAUUGAAGCUCUAAGAGCUUUGGCAGAUGGGACGCAAGACUGGAAUUCAGAAAGCCAGGAAUCUUCUCCAGAGCUUUUGUGUCCUCAGUUUGGCAGCUUUGAAGGGUUAAAGACAACUGAGUUUCAAGUUUCCACAGAUUCGUUCCAGGAUUCCUCAGUUGAUAUUCUGACCUGCAAAGUUCAUGAUCUGCUCUACUGGAGAGAUGUGAAGAAAUCUGGGAUGGUUUUUGGAGCCAUUAUGGUGCUGCUUUUGUCCUUGGCAGCAUUUAGCAUCAUUAGUGUUGUAUCGUAUCUCAUAUUGUCCCUGCUGACUGUCACAAUUGGCUUCCGUAUCUACAAAUCUGUCAUGCAAGCCGUCCAGAAGUCUGAUGAAGGACAUCCAUUCAAGGCUCUUCUGGACCAAGACAUCACCCUUUCCUCUGACAGCUUCCAGAAGAGAGUGAGUUCGUCCCUUGUCCACGUCAACCGUGCUUUGAAGUACAUUGUGCGCCUAUUUCUUGUGGAGGACCUAAUAGAUUCACUUAAGCUUGCCCUUUUCAUGUGGCUGAUGACCUAUGUAGGCGCUGUGUUUAAUGGGAUCACACUUCUCAUACUUGGGGUGUUGGUUGCAUUCAUUGCUCCAGUUGUGUAUGAAAAAUACAAGGUACAGAUCGAUCACUAUGUGUCUUUGGUGCACAAUCAAGUGAAAGCAAUUACAGAGAAGAUUCAAGCCAAGCUCCCCGGAGCAUUAAAGAAGAAAACUGAAUGAAGGAUCAUAAUUUUGGCGUGGGGAGGGAUGGGAGGGUCUUAAAGUAUAAACACUGGCUAUGUAUCUCAUUACUACUCAGUAAAUUGGCUGCCUUUUAUGUAGCUUGCAGGAACCUUUUGUAUGCAUUUAUCUAAUGUAUACACAUGUACAGGGGUUCCCUUGUUGGUAGGAAAGGGGUGCCUGGGUCAGCAUAGACAUGAACUGUAAAAGUUGUUCCUGUUCUAAGCUAUGGAGAGCUCAGUAACCCCCCCGCUGUCACGUCCUGCACUUUGCAUGGUCACCUCUAUUCUGUCACACACUGUCCCAGAUUAUUCAUCCCACAAGGCUACUAUACUAAGCAACAUCAUUUUUAUGGGCCACAUAAUUCUGUCUGUCUUGCUAUCCUUUUAUUCCACACUUGUUUUUGUGAGCUUCUUCUGCUUCUGCGUGCUUGUGUUCACGUUUUCUGCUCUCCAACAGGUUUCUUUCUUGAAUUUCUUGUUCCUUUAGAUCCCUCCUUGCACUGUUCUUUCCUAUUGUAUUCUUAUUGGACGUGUCCCUCAUUCUCCGCACAGCAGCUCUUCAGUCAUGUCUAUAUCCAUCCAAAUACUCGGAUCACUGAUUUUUACCACAUACUGCCACAGUAACUAAACAACAUGGUGGAAUUGGUUAUACUAGAAAACACAUUAUUUAUUUUUAAACAUUAAUUUAUUUCAUGUCUUUGCUAAAUGGUAAUUAAACAUAAAAAAAAUGUUUCACGUUGGUAAU